AUGUCGACCUAUUAUUCUUCAGGAUGGUCAUUGCUCGGAUUUUUUAAAUAUCUUUCAACCAAUUCCAAUAAAAUAUACAAUGUUAAUGAUAUUGUUGAUACAUUUAAAUAUUAUUUAACAAUCACAUCAAAUAAUUUAAAUGUAUUUAAAGUAACUAGAGUCGCAGCUCAAAAAAUUUCCCAAAAUUUAAAUGCAAAGGAUCCAAUAAUUAUUCAAUUUCUUAAUGACUAUCACGCUAAUGAACCUGUCAAUGAACCUUCCAAUGAACCCGCCAAUGAGCCGUUCAAUGUGCCAAUCAAUGAACCUGCCAAUGAAUUCGUUAAUAAACUCGCCAAUGAACUCGUUGCUGAACCAGGUCCAGUUUCCCAAGAAACAAACAAAAGAUCAAGUCCAAUUCAGCAUAAUUUUAGUCAUGAUUUUUCCCACUUUCUUGACCAAAAUCAUCUGUGUGAUGUAACCAUUGAACUUGCUAAUAGGCAAGAAGUCAAAGCACAUGCUUUAAUUCUUUGUGCUCGAUCAUUUUUUCGACAAAUUUUGUCAAUUGAUAACACUGAACAUUACAAGAUCACGAUCUUUGACGUUAAUCCGAUGGUUUUUAAUGCCUUGUUAAGAUAUAUGUAUAGUGGGACACUUAUUUUUGACAAUCGGUUGAAAAUGUUUGAUUUAUAUAUCGCAGCAGUCAAAUUCGACCUUCAAGAAGUUGUGAGAACAAAGAAAAAGGACAUUAAGAUUACAUUUCUUACUCUCAAAGAUACUACGGCGAUUUUUUUAAAUACAGACAUGCUACCUUUUCAAAAAUCACUUGUUCAAUACGUUUCUCCUGAUCGACUCCAUAACGGAAAAAAAUGGCAAAGUCUUGGUCGUGAAAAAUGCUACCAACUCAAGUAUGACAUUCUACAAACUCAAGAUGAAUUGGUUGAGCAAGAUAAUCAGAUUGUGCAGUAUGAACAGGAUCCAGUAUCAAUAAAAUAUCCAAUAUCAGCAUCAGCAUCAACGGGAUGUGCAGUAUCAUCCUCAACAGAAUAUUCAAUAUCAUCAUCAAAAUGUUCAGUAUCAUCAGAACGUUCAAUAUCAUCAUCAGAAUGUGCAGUACCAACAAAAUGUUCAUUAUCAACAAAAUGUGCAAUAUCAACAAAACGUAUAGCUAUUUUGUAUGUAAAUUUGAUUCAACCCACUCAUCAAAGACAUACCCGUUACAAUUCAAAAGAUGUUUACUUAGAAUCUAAUCCUAAGUAG